AUGUCCAAACGAGAGUACCUCGUCGAGACGCAUCGACCCUUUAAAGUAUCUCACCAGCUGCUAUGCAUCACCAAGAUCGACUUCAAGACCAAGAGUUUAGUGGGCUUCACCGAGCUGCAAAUCGUCUCCCAGGUGGACUCACUGCCUGUCAUCCGCCUGAACUGCCAGCAAUGUCGAAUUCAGUCCAUUUACAUUGAUGAUUACCCCUGCGUCUUCACGUACAGUGACCCGACGCAGGACAUCCUGGCCACGUCUUCGUCGUCGUCUUCGUCCACAGCUACAGCAGCAACAGCAACAACAACCUCAAAUGAGCAGACAAAAAGCGGCAGCGGCGGAAGCGGGAAGCUGGGCCCGCGGAAGCUGGACACCUUCAGCAGCACCCACUACGAGGUAAUCAAGUCGACCGACUGCGACGUGGGCAACGGCGAGCUGGUCAUCGAGGUGCCCGACCUCAUCGACCUGAAGUCGGCCGUGUUGGAGCACCGGCCGCUGCGCCUCUUCAUCGCCUACAUGGUGGAGAACCCUACCGGAGGCCUGUACUUUGCCGUCAACAACCAGUCGAAUCAGUUUAGCGCCGCAGCAGCUAAUGAUCAACAAACGGCAUCAUCAGCCAAAGACGACAAAGACGGCGACAAAGCUUCAGCCUCAGCCUCAGUCGAGGACGACGGCUUCUCGCCGCACAUGUUCAGCACCGGGCGGAGCAACAACAGCCGCCUCUGGUUCCCCUGCGUCGACUCCUUCAGCGAGUCCUGCACCUGGGCGAUUCAGGUCACCGUGGAGGAGGCGUACACCGCCAUCGCCUCCGGGGAGCUGACCGAGGUGGAGCACCUCGUCGAGCGGCGCCUGAAGCGCUUCACCUACUCCCUCCAGGUGCCCACCAGCGCCCCGAACAUCGGCCUGGUGGUGGGGCCCUUCGUCCCCGUCGUCCACCCGCACAUGCACGAGGUGGUCAGCUUCGCCUUUCCCACGCUGAAGUCCCUCCUGCCGGCCACCACCGAGCAGACGCACAAGAUCUUCAUGCACUACGAGGAGCUGCUGAACACGCGCUACCCGUACGCCACCUACAAGCAGGUCUUCGUGGACAACCUGGUGGCGAAGUACGAAGCGUACGCCACCCUCUCCCUCAUCAACAUCAGCCAGCUGCACUCGAAGGCGGUCAUUGAGCAGACGUACAUCAGCCGGCGGGUGCUCGCUCAGGCCAUCGCCGAGCAGUACUUUGGCGCCUUCAUCAGCAUGCAGACGACGGCGGAUGCCUGGCUGACGCGCGGCAUCAGCGGCUACCUCGCCUACGACUACGUGCGCAAGGCCUUUGGAAACAAUGAGUACCGAACGUACGUGAAGCGCGCCAUGGACAAGGUGAUCCGCUACGAGCAGCAGUUUCGCCCGGUGGUCCUGGACCCGAGCAGCCGCGGCUACACCGAGCAGGACUACUUUGCCGUGAAGAACUUCCACACCUACUCGCCCGUCUACGAGAAGAUGCACCGCGUGAAGGCCUUCCUCGCGCUGCGCAUGCUGGAGAUCUACCUGGGGAAGACGCUGCUCCUGCAGGUGCUCCACAAGAUGCUCAGCCUGGCGCAGCUGGCCGCCCCCACCCGAUUUGCCUCCAACAACAACUGGUACCACCUGCACACCAGCACGGCCAGCUUCAUCUGGGCGAUCAGCACGGUGACGGGGAAGAACAUCGACACCUUCCUCAAGCAGUGGGUCUUUCAGGGCGGCCACGUGAAGUUCACCGGCAGCUUUGUCUUCAAUCGGAAGCGGAACACCGUGGAGUUGGAGAUUAAGCAGGCGCAUGUGGCGUACACCGGGGUCAGGCGGUAUCUGGGACCGCUGAUGAUCUGGCUGCAGGAGCUGGACGGGACGUUCAAGCACACGCUGCAGAUUGAGGACAACCUCUCGAAGCACGACAUUACCUGUCACUCGAAGAGCCGCCGCAACAAGAAGAAGAAGAUUCCCCUCUGCACGGGCGAGGAGAUCGACAUGGACCUCUCGGGCAUGGACAUGGACUCACCGGUCCUCUGGCUGCGCAUCGACCCGGAGAUGACGCUCCUCCGGGAGGUCAUCCUCGAGCAGCCCGACUACCAGUGGACGUAUCAGCUGCGCUACGAGCGGGACGUCAUCGCCCAGAUGGAGUCGCUGGCGGUGCUGGACCGCUUCAACACCAAACAGGCGCGGGACGCCCUCCUCGAGGUGAUCACCAGCGAGGCGACCUUCUACCGGGUCCGCUGCCAGGCCACUACCUGCCUGCGCCGGGUGGCCAACCUGAUGGGCGCCAGCUGGAUAGGGCCCCCGGCGCUGCUGCCGCAGUUUCGGAAGCUCUUCGGCUCCCCCUCCUGUCCGAACAUCGUCCGAAUGAACAACUUCAGUCACUUUCAGCACUACUUCCUGCAGAUGGCCAUCUUCCGGGCGGUGGCCGGCCUGCGCACCCUCCACGGCAUCUGCCCGGCGGAGGUGCUGCGCUUCCUCUUUGACCUCUUCAAGUACAAUGACAACUCGAAGAACGCCUUCACCGACGCCUACUAUAGAGCGGCGUUGGUGGACGCCCUGGCGGAGACGGUCACUCCG